AUGGGCGCUGUUAUUAUUUACCAUCGAUCACAAGGCGAAGUACGCAAAAUCCGCGAUGAUAUCAGCAUCAUUGAGUGCUUUGAUUCCACAGCUGUGUUAAAUUCGGCCCCAUCCGUGAUCCACGUCUUUGCUCCACUUCAGCCUGGCAUUCCGCUGAUGGUGAUCAUGAAGAAGGGCCACAAUGUCGCCAAUUGUGCUCCUUAUCCUCAGCCCUGUUCACCCCUGCUGCGUAAUAUCGGAUCUAACCCCCAAGGACUCUCAAACGUCGAUCUCCCAAAAGUUGCCGAGUUUGUGUGCCGAACCCGGCUAACAAACCGGCCUUCCAAGCCAUCGAAUGCGAGCGGAGAUAUAGAGGAAUGGGGUCAUUCAUUAGAGACGAGGCGAAAGUCUGCCACUUUCGCAUCUAGCAGAUCACGUUUACCUGAAUUAUACGAGUAUGGUGCAAAAGAUACCCCGCACAUCCUCAGUUAUCCGGUUUUCGUUGCGUCGAAAAUGGAGAUGAACAAUGAUGAAGAGGCCCUCCGGCAGUCAGUUUGA